CACACUCGGAACUCAUCUYAUGUCAACAAGAUCUUUCGAGUAGAGAGCAWAGGGACAAAAAAUAAUUUAGAAGCAAUCUGAAUAGCAAAAUCAGUUAAGAUUCUUGUCCCAUCAAUACACAAAUUUAUUCGCUGAAAAAGAGAAUCGAYACAAUGAUCUUGUCGCUCUUUCCAAUCUUUCUGCUGCUUACCAUCGGAGUACUUAUAUCGGGGUUUGAGUUCGAUCGCGAUGCCAGUCCAGAACUAUGCGAAUACGAAACGACAAAAGACCCUGGCAUUUGUACAGUGAAUUCAACGAUGUGGUUUUCUUGCCCGAUUUCUUGUGCCAAUGUGUUGUGUGGUAACAGAGGAACAAUGGCAGAGGAAAGGAACGAACCGGAACAAUUUUAUGAACUGCGAGCCAAGCGAGCUUCGGUGGCRGGAUCUAGUGGCGACAUAUCAUUGGAAGAAAACGARGGAUACAUUACUAUCUACGCUACUAUACCAAUGCUACCAGGAAUGGCGCAAUACUAUUACAAUGCCAUCGAACAUAUCUCGCACGUCUAUCGGUAUACAUUGGUAGCGAUGAUCUUGCCGUGUUACAGCCCUACCCAAGAACAGGAUGAAAAGGGGGCAUCGAUAGCAUCUACUUCUGGUUCUGCUAUCCUUCGAACGAUUCUUGAUUCACAAAAUGAUGAAGUAAAGAAAAAACGAGGAGGUGGCAUGGCGAAAUCUAUAGUGUUGGAAGGGUAUGACGCCCAGCAGAAAUCAGAAAAUGCCGUCUUGAAAUACUUGCUUACAAGAAAGGUAGUCGCAGGAUCUCUCGCUCCCGGCGGCGACGUGGCCAGUGACAACGACGACGACGAAAUGCUGUUGAUGACAAGGCCGAACAUUUUUCUUGUGUCUCACACAGGGAUGUUUUUGGAACGGCUCSUGUCACCGACCAUGAAAAUGAUCGAAAGAAGAAUCAARGUCCACGAGAUUCAAAUGCAGAAGGAUUUUGAUCUCUGAUGACGUAUUGUAACUCAGCAUACUGCACUCUUCUUAAUCUAAAGAUAAUUUGCAAAUACGCACCAAGUGAUGUGAACAAGGAAUGCAUCUUUCAUCCGAUUCCUUUCUUGAUUCAACAUUAUUCGAUCCCUAUUGUUAUGUACGUUGAAUUCAUUCUCAGAUGAAACAUACUGAUCUUUUUGUAAACAACGAAGUCUUCUCACUGACUUUUCUAAAAAGAAAUCACAUUACUCGAC